AUGAAGUUUAUGAAACUUGGAUCGAAGCCGGACUACUUCCAGGCUGACGGGAACGACGUCCGGUAAGCUCCGGAAUAGAUUCCGAUUUUCCGGGCUCUCUGCUUUUAAUGUCUCGAUUUUUAUGUUUCCGAUCUUCUUAUAUGAAUGAAAUACCGGGUAUUUUCCGAGGAUCCCGCGGUGAUCGGUAAGGAUUUUUCUUUUCAAUCGUUUUACAUCGCCCACAUUGAGGUCUUCUCGUGCUCUGAUCCUCGCUUUGACCCUCUGUAUCCUGAAAUCGAAAGGGUUUCAGAGCUGUCGGGAAGCGAUGUGGAUUCAGAGCUUCUUCGGGAUGAUUUACUCGCCAUUCAUGUCCGACAUUCUAAUAUUUGGUAGAAUUUUUUGAAGAUUUUGGGUUGAGAUUACGUAUCAUAUUGUUGCCCUGAAGUGGACAUCUCCUAGAAUGGUGUUGACGUAGUAGCGUUGAAUGGAAUGCAGAACGCUCUUCUGGUACUCGCUAGCUUUUGUCACGCUCUCUUAUUCGCUACUCGAUCAUUUCAGAUUCGUGGCGACUGAGCUACCAAGCGACAUCACUAUUUGCGUGGGAGAUGUGAAGUUUUAUCUGCACAAGGUACUUGCAAUUCUUUGCCUACGUGGAAAGAAUGAUCAUCCCCGACUGAGAAAACUUCGAACUCAUAUCCAUCUCAUCAUCGCCCUGUUUCCCUGUUUCUUUUUUCCACCGUUUUAAUGGUGGGAGAUUAACGAAAACCUAGCGACCUAAAUGACCCACAUUCAGUCAUUUGGAUGAUUACUUUGCCCCGCAAGAGACGAUGACUCGCCAUCUGGUCGACCGAUAAUGCAGUUCCCCCUUCUAUCGAAGAGCGCCCUUCUGCAGAGGCUGGUCGCGCUCCCCAACGACGAGGAGGACGACGAGAUACGGAUCCCGGAUAUUCCUGGCGGCCCCGUCGCCUUUGAGAUAUGCGCGAAGUUUUGCUACGGCAUGGCGGUCACGCUCAAUGCCUACAACGUGGUUGCUGCCCGUUGUGCUGCGCAAUAUCUAGAAAUGCUCGAGACAGUGGAGAAGGGAAAUCUGAUCUACAAGAUAGAUGUGUUUCUCAGCUCCAGUGUCUUCCGAGGCUGGAAGGACUCGAUCAUUGUUCUUCAGACGGCCAAGUCCUCGCUCCCCUGGUCCGAGGACUUGAAGCUGAUCAGCCAUUGCACAGACUCUCUUGCUUCCAAGAUCUGCAUGGAUACCAGUAAGGUCGAAUGGUCGUACUCCUACAACAGAGGAAGACUCCCCUCGGAGAAGGGUCAUGAGCAGGAUUGGAAUGGGGUUAGGAAGCCACAAACCGUGCCGAAGGACUGGUGGGUGGAGGACCUGUGUGAUCUGGAUAUGGAUUCCUUUAAGCGAGUCAUCACAGUCGUAAAAUCCAGGGGGAGGAUCUCUGGCGACGUGAUAGGAGAAGCUCUGAAGGCGUACACAUACCGAAGGGUUGCGGGUUUCAGCAAGGGUGCCGUGCAUAGUGGCUCUGCCUUGAAGAAUCGGUCGCUCGUGGAGACUAUCGUCUGGAUGUUGCCCACAGAGAAAGCUUCAAUUUCAUGUAGUUUUCAGUUCAAGCUACUGAGAGCUGCGAGGUUGCUGGACUGUGGUGAGAUGUGCAGGAAGGAACUGGUCAAGAGAGUCGGUCGCCAGUUGGAAGAGGCCUCCGUCUCAGAUCUUUUAAUGCUCAGGGAGCAAGAGGACGAUCGCGUACAUGACGUCGACCUGGUGCUGAAUGUCGUGGAGGAGUUCCUGAUGCAGGAGGACGAGGGCGUACCAACCUGUCCGUCUUCUAAUGACGAGCUCCGGGAGACUACGAAGACUGAGUCUGUUUCGAGCGCCUCAAUACUCUCCGUCGCGAAGCUGCUGGAUGGUUACCUCGCCGAAGUAGCGAGAGAUCCCAAGCUUUCGCUUUCAAAGUUUAUCGAUCUGGCUGAGAUGAUAUCUGGUGAUUCAAGGCCCGUUCAUGACGGGCUUUAUCGUGCGGUCGACAUGUAUCUCAAGGUAAACCCUAAAAAGACAAAGCCUCCCUCGCUUCCUUCCCUGCACCCUUUUGGUCUGUCGAUCAUCCUGUUUCCCUCAUAUUCGCUGUGUACCUGUCCAGGAGCAUCCGGGUUUGACGAAGAGCGAGAAACGAAGGUUGUGCAGUCUAAUGGACUGCAGGAAACUGUCGGUGGACGCAUGCAUACAUGCCGUCCAGAACGAACGCCUGCCCCUACGGGUCGUCGUCCAAGUUCUCUUCUUUGAGCAGGUGAGGGCCGCCGCUGCGGCUGGCGGGGCUGCCGGUGGCGGCGCUCUAACUCUUCCCGCAGCCGUCAGAUCUUUGCUUCCGCGGGAGAAUUGCGGUUCCCACAGCAGCUCCAUGUCGGGAGCGACCACAAACACCGUAGAGGACUGGGAUACGGAGGAGCUGAAGUCGAUCAAGCCCGUGAGGUUGGUCAAUGAGGGAAGCCUAAGGAGUAGUAGCGGCAGCGGAGAAGUUCAGAAGCACGGGGGGGAUCGGCGUAGCCACAGAAGUAAAGGGAUUCCGAUGGCGAAGGGGAUUCUCGGCAAGCUUUUGUCGGGGAAACAUCAGGGCGGUGAGAACAGCAGCUCGGAUACAUCGGGUAGCCCUGGUUCUACCAACUUGGAGGGGCAGAAGUCAACGCCCUCGAGAAAUGCUAGGCACUCUGUCUCGUAG